AUGCCAGCUGUACCUACGGGUUAUACAAGUGGUGGUCAGAUGAACAAACCGAGCUGUUUUGAUCGUGUAAAACUCGGCUUUACGAUGGGUUUUACCGUUGGAAUGGUUACCGGUAUUGUUUUCGGUGGAUUUACAGCGUUAAGACAUGGUUUACGUGGUCGUGAACUUCUUUCGACCGUCGGCAAAUCCGUGAUCUCUGCGGGUGGAACUUUUGGCACAUUUAUGGCCAUUGGCAGUGCGAUUCGAUGUUAA